AUGAAUUUAAUGCUCGCUGCGGCUUCAGAUAUCAUAUUUGAAGCACGAAGCAGCGUGAGCUUACAACAAUUAAGGAUUUGCAAGCAGAAAGUAACACAAUUUUGGAACAUGAAUUUAAUGCUCUCUGCGGCUUCCGAAAUCAUAUUUGAAGCAGGAAGCUGCGAAUUUGGUUCCGACACUCGUGUAUCCUGCUUGCUUGGAGAUGCGUACAUCUAUCGUGUCCUGAAGCAAGUACAUCUGGACACGAGUAUAUCCUCAAAGGCAAUAUCAGUUGGAAGUCCUCCUCAUGUGGCAAACCAUCGCAUGGAUCCAGAAAUGCUUGAUAAAAAUAUCAAGCAUAUGUGUCAGGUUACUACAGGAGAACUCGGAGAAAUGGAUGAACUUUGGCAAACAUGA